UCAUUGCACUCAUCCAAAUUAUUUAGGAGUAGCUUUUACCGGCAAAAAGGAAAAGGAAAAAGAGAGUGAAGUAGUGAACUGUAAAAUCAAUAGCCAAAAUGAGCAGCGGCGGGGGCGAUCGUCCGACGGUGAUGGUCACGAAUGACGACGGAAUCGAUGCUCCAGGAAUUCGAGCUCUCCUUCACGUUCUCGUCUCCUCCAACCGAUUUAACGUCUAUGUUUGCGCUCCUGAUUCAGAAAAUAAAUCUCAUGUGAUCAUUCUUACAUUGAUACUUCUCAGAGAAAAGUCUGCAGUUAGUCAUAGCAUCACAUGGCAAAAAGCUCUCGUUGCCAGGCCAGUGGAAAUUGACGGAACAGUUGCUUUUGCAGUUUCUGGUACUCCUGCUGACUGUACAUCAUUAGGAGUUUCCAAAGCUCUGUUCCCCUCAGUACCUGAUCUGGUAAUCAGUGGGAUCAAUAUGGGUAGCAAUUGUGGCUAUCACAUAACAUAUUCCGGGACUGUAGCAGGCGCUCGAGAAGCAUUUUUUAAUGGAGUACCUUCUAUCUCUAUAUCAUAUGAUUGGGUUGGAGGGAAAAGUACUGUCAAUGAUUUUAAACUUGCAGCAGAGGUGUGCUUGCCCAUUAUUUGUAGUCUGUUGGCUGAAAUCAAGAAGAAAACAUACCCUCAAAACUGUUUUCUGAACGUAGAUGUGCCAACUGAUGUUGUGAAUCAUAAGGGUUAUCGACUAACGAAUCAGGGCAAGACUAUGGUGAAAAUGGGGUGGAGACAAGUUACUUCUGAAUCUGAAGGUGGGAAAAUGCUGUCAACUAUGACCAUGGAAACAAAUUCAUCAUCGGGUUCUGAAUCAGAGUCUCCGAAUUUAAAGCAGGCCCUUUCAUUCAAAAGAGAAGUGAAAGGAUCACAAGUUGACAAUAGUGAUACCGACCACAGUUGCCUUAAAGAAGGAUAUAUAACUGUCAGUCCUCUAGGAGCCUUAACUCCCGCGGAUAUGGAUAGCCGAGAUUUUUAUAAGCAGUGGUUGCCAGGUGUUUCGGCACUAUAACAGUGUUCCUAAUCAUGUCCAGGAUAUCUGGAAGGAUCUAAAUGGUUCACUUAUCAUAGAGUUGAGCAUCAUUCCGAUCACGAAAUCUCCGUUCAGAGGUAUCACUGUAUCACUGUUCCCUAUCAGCCUAGCUCAUCCUUUAUACAGUACCUGUAAUAGUUAAUCACAGUCUCAUUCUCAUUGGUUCUGCUAUUGGGACAAAAUCUGAUUAGCCAUGUACUAUAAAAUAUCUACUUUCAUUGAGAUGAAUAAAUAUUUCAGUGCUCGUUUCUGCCUGAGAAGUUUAUUACAGUAUGUCUUGACAAAUCA